AUGAAGACCAUCUCUAGUGGAGGAGAGUUUCAGCAAGUCCCGUACUCUGACGGGCUGGUUUACAACACGAGGACGAAGAAGACUACACAUGAGAUAGUCAUCUCUGGAGAUAUGACAUGGUCCGACACUUUAAAUGUGUUACAUGAAUCGUAUGGAAGGCCGACGGUCUUCGAAUAUCAGAACCAGUUCUACAAGAUGGAGCGGGUAGACGACGAGGACAAGUUCCUCAAGUUUUGCAUCCUGCUGGAAAACUCAGCUCUGCAUAACAAGGAGCCUUCAAGGGAAGUUUUCGUGAGGUUCUGGGACAAGAAGCCGGCGACGGUUCAAUCUCCAUCGGAUCAGAUGAAGAAUGUCUGGUUGUCUUCAUCUCAAACUCUGUCUCAUCAGUGCUCGCAACAGUCCAUGUCUGGACCAGUUGAUACUGGCGAGCCCUGGAGCUCUGGCCUCUUUUCAUGCUCCGGAGGUUUUCUAGACUUGCUACAAGCUUGUUUCUGCCCUUGUCUGCCGUACGCCGCCAUCUCGGCAAGCCUCGGUCAGAGCUAUCGGUCGAGCUGUUUGUGCCGCGUGUUCGGUUCCAGUCCGAUGACCCUCUUGUUGAGACAGAAAUUCCGACGAACACACCAGAUGCAACGACAUCUGAAGGAGAAAGGGUCGGAUGACACCAACGGCAAGGAAGAUGAGGAGAGCGCUAGCCAUGCCUGGGAGGCUCCGCUUUGUUGCGAUAUUCGGGAUAGCCAAUCGUGCAUUAGAUGUUUGUUCGUGUGGUUGACAGCCUGCUUUUGUAGCCCUUGUGUGUUCGGUAGGGUGCGAAAUAUCAUGUUGCAAGGCGAUGAGAAGAAGAUCAAUCGAACCAGUUGUCUCCUGUACUUCUGCUGCAUGUGUUCGCCGAUGCUCUAUGGGAUGAUUGGAGGUGCGUCAAGGACUCAGCUUCGUCUCGAUCGUUCGCUCUCGGGCUCUCCUUGCUCCGAUUGCCUGCUCCACACCUUCUGCUCCUCCUGUGCUCUCUAUCAAGAGGCUGUGACCGUUGGCAUCUGGCCGAAGCGAGCGACUUCAAAGAAACCCAAGGGGCAGAAGAGCAGGAAGAAGGACAAAGCAGAGGAGGGCGAAGAGGAGCAGGAGCAGGAGCAGGAGGAGGUGCAGGAGAAAGGAGAGAAGAAACAAGAGGACAAAGAAGAGAAGAAGGAAGAUGGAGGCGAGAAGGGGCAAGGGAAAGAAGAGCAGAAAGGAGAGGAUGGAAAGGAGGAGGACAAGGAUGGAAAUGUCGACCGAGACGCCGAAGGAGGAGAAGCAGGAGGGGUUGGCGACGACUCGGAUCGACAGGAAGGGGAAGAAGCAAAGAAGAAGGCGGAGCAGGCGCCGAUAGAUCCUGAUAACAUCGCAGUGUGA